UUUCGUUCCAACCACAGCGCGUCGGACCAUACAGCAGCCCUUCCACGGCAUCUCCAAAAUCAGUCUCAAAGGACGAAAGUGGUUUUCAAAAACAGAGACGAGGAAUACAGAGAGGAUUGAGAUUUUUAUUCUCACAUUGGGUAUAAUUUGUUACACGACAUGGUAAUCGCUCGCUGAUAACAAGUUUAAAACCUUUUUACGACGACGAAGUGCGAAGACAGAACUGCAGCGGGGAGGAACUUUGCGAGGGCCGCGUCCUCACUUCUCACCUGCGCGUCCGAAGUGGGAGUUUGGUCGUGCGGAAGAAAAAGCCACAUCAUUUAUUGCAGACUUUUCGGGAUUCGAAUGUUGAACGUUUGGGUUUAACUUAAAAUUACAGUUUGAGUUUCCAGGUGAUGUGUGUCGCGGGAGCCUUUUCAUGUAAGGGAAAGGAUACUUCUUGUCCCUUUAUUUUCGACAAUGGAGCGCUAAUGAAAAGGGUAUUUUCGUUGGAUUAAGCUGCAGACACCGCACCAACAGAAUGCGGGAGAGAGACCUACAGAGCAUGUGCAAGUGGGUGCUGCUUCUGACGUUCUGCCUGCUGUCUCUCUGGGGAAGGCUGGCACUGGCAUCUUCGCACAGAAGUCACAUAGUGCACGUCAAAGCCGGGACCUGCGAAGUCAUCGCGGCCCACCGAUGCUGCAACAAGAACAAGAUCGAGGAGAGGUCCCAGACAGUCAAGUGCUCCUGCUUCCCAGGGCAGGUCGCCGGGACGACGAGAGCCGCCCCUUCCUGUGUUGAGGCAUCCAUAGUCGCUCAGAAAUGGUGGUGCCAAAUGAAGCCGUGUCUCGACGGGGAAGAGUGCAAAGAGCUGCCGGAUCACACUGGCUGGAGCUGCAGUACAGGAAAUAAAGUCAAGACGACCAAGGUCACACGAUAGUCCCGCACCCCUUUCUGACAAGAACAUCCAAUGAUGGACAUCCUUUUAUAUAUGUAUAGCAACUGUAAGAAGAAUGGGUCUGCAGUGGAUUUUGGCUGUACGGAUCGGGGGGACGUAAACAGGCUUGGCCAGCAUUGGAACGGGUGGGACACAGACACUUAACUGAGCGAUGCAGAGUGAGAGGUUCGGGAAUUGGUCUGAACUGGAGGCAAGGAUUCGUCCUGGAGGGCUCUGUGUACUUGUAAACAUGUGAACAUGGGGACUACCAAUUAAUUCCAAUUCCUUGUCUUUAUUAUACAUGCUACUGUACUUCUCCUUGUGCAUUCUUACCAUGGAUCAGGACGCCAGUCUUUAAAGGCAGGUCUUCAGCCAACUGCAAAACCUGGGACUACACAAAGCAAGCCCACUGAAGAAGAUAUAUUGUACCAUAAUGCUGACUUUAGAUCUCUGACACGUGACAACAGUUCCUUUUUUUAACCCACGACCAGUACAGUGGCUCCUAAUGUAAUUGUGUUCUGGAUAUAUUUUGCCCGUAACCGCUUACAGUACAUUCAAACUUUUUAACAUUUGAAGCAGGCAAAUUUUUUCCCUUUUUUUUGAAGAAGAAAGCAAGGAUUUAUGAGCAAAAUAAGACAAAAAAAAUUACUAAGACAAACAAACCCAAAAAAGCUGUUUCCGCCCUUUGGACCGUCUGAUAACUGGCCUAGUUGAGUUUUUUUUUUUUUUAAAGGACAUCAUUAAAGCUUUUCAGCUGAAAGGCGAGAAUAAUACAUAGUAGAUAUUAUGAUAUAUGUUGAAACAUAUGAGUGUAUAAAGAGGUUCACAGAAUUUAUCAGAAUAAAAUGUUAAGCUCC